GCCGCCUGCAGGGACCUGCUCAGUCCUUUCCUAGUGUGCAGGAAGCGCAGUCCCGGCCGGCGCAAAGGGGCCGCUCAGCAGGGGCCGCACCGGCAGGAUGGUGUGUGCUCGGGCGGCCCUCGGUCCUGGCGCGCUCUGGGCGGCGGUGUGGGGAGUCCUGCUGCUCACCGCCGCCGCGGAGGCGCAGCGCGGCCGGAAGAAGGUCGUGCACGUGCUGGAGGGGGAGUCGGGCUCCGUGGUGGUGCAGACGGCGCCAGGGCAGGUGGUUAGCCACCGAGGUGGCACCAUCGUCUUGCCCUGCCGCUACCACUACGAGGCAGCCGCUCACGGCCACGAUGGCGUCCGCCUCAAAUGGACCAAGGUGGUGGACCCGCUGUCCUUUGCUGAUGUCUUCGUGGCGCUGGGCCCCCAGCACCGGGCGUUUGGCAGCUACCGUGGGCGGGCUGAGCUGCAGGGUGAUGGGCCCGGGGACGCCUCUCUGGUUCUCCGAAACGUCACGCUGCAGGAUUAUGGGCGCUAUGAGUGUGAGGUCACCAACGAGCUGGAGGAUGACACUGGCAUGGUCAAGCUGGACCUGGAAGGCGUGGUCUUCCCUUACCACCCCCGUGGAGGCCGCUACAAGCUGACCUUCGUGGAGGCGCAACGCGCGUGCGCUGAGCAGGACGGCAUCUUGGCCUCAGCUGAGCAGCUGCACGCGGCCUGGCGCGACGGACUGGACUGGUGCAACGCGGGCUGGCUGCGCGACGGCUCUGUGCAGUACCCGGUGAGCCAGCCCCGGGAGCCCUGCGGCGGCCUGGGCCUGGCCGGGAGCGCCGGAGCUGGCGGCGGAGCUUCGGGGGGUGUGCGCAACUACGGCUACAGGCACAACGCCGAGGAACGCUACGACGCCUUCUGCUUCACGUCCAACCUCCCCGGGCGCGUGUUCUUCCUGAAACCUCUGCGGCCCUUGCCCUUCUCGGGAGCAGCGCGCGCGUGCGCGGCUCGCGGCGCGGCCGUGGCCAAGGUGGGGCAGCUGUUCGCCGCGUGGAAGCUCCAGCUGCUGGACCGCUGCACCGCGGGCUGGCUGGCCGACGGGAGCGCGCGCUACCCCAUCGUGAACCCGCGCGCGCGCUGCGGCGGCAGCAGGCCAGGCGUGCGUAGCCUAGGCUUUCCAGACGCCGCGCGCCGCCUCUUCGGCGUCUACUGCUACCGCGCGCCUGGUGCGCCGGACCCGGCACCGGGCGGCUGGGGCUGGGGCUGGGCCGGAGGCGGGGGCUGGGCCGGAGGCGCGCGCGACCCCGCCGCCUGGACCCCGCUGCGCGUCUAGGCCUGCGCUGUGGACCGCUGGGGCGCUUGGCGGCUGGCCGAGUGCCCUUCAGCCCCUUGGAGACAAACCACACUUCUGGAGGCUGGCCAUGCCUCUUGCGGUCCUUGAACCCUGGCCACGCCCUCUGAGGUUCCUAGAGACUGGCCAGUCCUGGGAGCCAAGUCCCCUGGAGAUCAACCAAGACCCACCUUUCCUGGACAGCGGACUUCACCUCCUAUCCCAGCUUUCUCCAGGAGACAGGGAACACCUCUGCGAACCCCUGGAGACCAAUAGAUCUUGAGGUCUCCUGAACACUGGACAUGCCUCCAGAGGGCUUCUGAAACUACCCCCAUGGUCACCUGGAGGCUGGACCCCCAGGAUUAUCUGGAGACUGACCACACGUCCAAUGCAUCUCCCUGGAGAUCGAAGGUCAGACCUCCUAAGGUCACCUGGACACCGAACCAUCUCCCCAUCACCUGUAGAGAAACCAGAAACCUCAGAAUUCAUCAGUUGACCAUGCCCAGGUGAUCACAUGAAGACUAUGGGCCUCUUCCUUAGGGUGACCUGUAGAUUGGUUACUCCCAUUCUCCCCCCUUCUCUCAUGAGUCUGCCAAGGUUUCCAGAGUAACAGGCCAUGUCCCCAGAUCACCAUGGAGAACACCCUAACUCCUCUAGUGUCAGGGGAGACCACCUUUGUCUGUCCCUGUUAAGACAGAUUGACAUGGGCAUUCUCCUAUGAGGCAGCAUGUUUAGGAUCCAGCAUUGUCACUGCAAUGGCUUGGGUCACUGCUGUGAGGUGGGUUUGAUCCCUGGUGGGGGAGCUUCAACAUGCUGAGGUGUGUGGCCAAACCAAGAAACAAACAAAAAAGGCAAUUGACACGCCCUGGCAGCCAUGCCCCAUCCCUCAGGGGUCUCUCUGGAGGCCUUCACCUGAUAGCCCCUUUCCUGGCUGUCACCAAAGAGACCAUCUCCCCAGCCCAGGGCCUGUAAAAUCCAUGUCAUUUUCUAUGGAGACAAGCUGCCCCACUUCCCUUUGUUACCAAGGCAACCAGCCCAGCUUCGACCUGUCACCUAGAGUCAGACAGCCCUUCCUACAUCAGUCACACCCAUGGAGAUAUUGCCUCCCUCCUCCAGCUGUAACCAUGGAUACCAUGCUUUUCUCAUAUCACUGGCCUUCACCCCAGAGACCUGCAGCUCCACUCCCACUGUCCUCAUCCUGACAAACAGCCAUGGAGACCAUCCUCUCACCCAGCUGUCCUGGGAAUGAUCCAACUUUCGGUUCUCCAGCUCUCACCAUGGAAACAGGCUGCUCCUUUCUGCAGGGCACCCCAGCUUCUUGCCGCCCUCCAAGCUCUGCCCUCAGGUGGUUUGGACCCCACAGCUGUAGCCAUGGAGACCAAACUCUGGUGUCUGAGGUAACACAACACCUGUCCCCUCAAGGCUUUCCCUUGUUGGUAGGGCACACCCCUCCAAACUGUCACCAUAGGGACUGUCAACGUCAUUCCCAUGACAACUGACUUUCCAGUUCUCAGGAACUUCUUGCCAUGGGCCAGAACUGUGUCCCUGCACCAAAUGGGCUGCCCCUGCACCAAAUGGGUUGCCCCUGCACCAAAUGUGCUGCCCCUUCACCAAAUGGGCCCACCUCCAAGCAGUAUCCCAGAUCUGGCUGGAUUACUUUAGCUGCUGGACACCCUUCAUUUGCACGCUAAUUAUAUUCCAGACAACGGCUGUGCACGAGACCCCUUGCAACACUCAGAUGAGCAAACUGAGGCUCUGGCGUGCCCCUACCCUUUGUGCUGUGCAAGCACGAGGCUCACUCUCUCUCUGAGACCACAUCUCCAUUCUCACUGAGCCCCUCCCUCCUUUCCUAACCUCUUUCCCAUGACAUUUCCCUUCUUAGAGAUCCAGGAGAGAUGGAAUUGUCUUUAAACCUCAAAAUCCCCUCUGAGUUCCAGGUUCUAAGGGGUGAUUCCUGCUAAGAAGUCAAGACUCAAACUCUCCAGUGUUAAGAGGCAGUGUCAAGGGAGACUGUCCAUGAGCAAGGCCACCCUAGCUUUUGGAUACUCUAGAUCAAAGUCUUGCCUGGAAUACCACUGGGGUUCCUCCUGGAGCCCUUCUUACUGUCACAUCCAUCUCCAGGAAACCCAUCUGAGGGUUUUGGAACUGGGUGUUCCUGGGUUUGAAUCUUGCCUCUGUGACCAAGUGACAAAACCCCUGAUCCUUUUUCCUUCUCUGUACUAGGGCUGUUCUAAGGUCCCAGUGAGUGCAAAGUGUACAGCAGGGGCUCAAUAAAUCUUUUUUUUUUUUUU